GAAGCCGACUGUGAGCGCCUUCUUGCUCGUGGCCGGCCAAGAUGGGAACGAUCAAGAACGAAAUGGAAGCUGCCGACACAUCGACCUUCAGCUUGUCCUCGAGGAAAGACCUUUUAACGAAGAUUAAGAAAAAAAACGACAAAAAUAAUUCCAAUGGAAGAGCCAAUAAAGAUCUUUUAUCCGAUCUCACUUCCGGUUCGUUUCUCACCAAUGAACUUCGUAAAUCGAAUGAUAACGAUCUCGUUUCUUCUUUUACCAGUCUUCCCUUAGAAAGUUAUGGGUUUCCGUACUACAGAAGUUAUAAAAACGGUGGACGUUCUCAGGAUGCUGUACUGGUGAAGGAUAUUGGUAUAUCCUGUAAAUUAUUAAACGAGAAAAUGUUGUCCCAUAAUUUUUCUAAAGACACCAUUGUAGAAAGUUAUCUUAUCAAACGUUUAAAAACGGAAUACAACGAUUUAACGGAAAUAACGAAGAAGAUUAGUUCUUAUACGAACGAUAUCAUACGUAAUCUGAUAUUGAGAGAUCGAAAGAAGAAAGAACAAAUAAGAUCAUGCGGACAUAAAGUAUUAACCGAGGAGGAAACUAAGGAAGGUUAUUUAAAAUUAAGAUUAAAAAGUGAUGCUGAAGUUCGUUGCUUGUAUCGAAAAGACUUAUUUGAUUCGUCGAAAGAGAAAUUCAAUGAUGAUUCUACAAUUACGUUGGUAAAUGGAUUUUUACAAGAUACAAAUUUUCAUACAGUUAAUAUAAGAAUCCUAAAGCAUGAACAAAGUUGA